AUGAAUUCCUUAUAUGAAUUAGAUAGUAAAUGGAAAAAAUUGUUGACUAGAGAUAAUUUACUCGGUGGGCUAACUGUUAACGAGUUUGUUGAACAGUUAGGGAAGGAUCAUACGUUAAGAGUGCCAACCAAAGGUUUAGUCAGUAAUCCAAGUAACAUUAAUGAUCAUGGUUAUGGAGCGGUUGGUACAUGGGAUCCUAAACCUUAUGUUAGAACAUUCGAAUCUAUUUUAAAAGAAUUAGCAAAACUGCAACAUGAAAGUGAAGCUAUUAAAAGUAAAUUAGGUAGCGAGGUCCUCGAACAAGAAUUAAAACAUUCAUAUGCAAUUAAAGAACUACAAUCGAGGUUAAAUGAAAUAACAACUGAAUAUGUAUCAUUAGAUUCAAAAUUGGCAUCAGUUACUAAGGGAGUUAAACCUUUAGGGGAUAAAUUAGAAAAAUCAAUUAGACAAAAGAAACAAUAUACUAAAUCUGUAGAAUUGGUCAAUAUUUAUAAUGAAUUUCUGGAGACCAAUGAUAGUUCUCCGACUUUAGCAGCAUUAUUAAAGUCUCCACAUUUUGGAAAUCAAUUGAAUGCAGCUGCAAUUAUGAAGUCUUUGAUAGCAUUAGCCAAAAAGAUUGAAACACAGUCUAUCCCUAAAACUAUUGAUGCAACAAAGAGAAUUGAAUCUAUUGCAGAAUCAAUGGAAAACAAAUGGUUAGAAGAGUUUAAUCAUGCAUAUCGUGAUAGUGAUUUUACUAAAUUAAAUGAAAUCGCUAUUAUUUUAAACAAGUUUAAUGCAGGUGUUAAUGUUAUCUCAAAUUUCAUCAAUCAACAUGAAUUUUUUGUUGAACAAAAUCAGUUUGAUAUUAAUGAUGAAAAUGGAACAGAAAAAUUUGACUUUGAUCAAAAUCUUUUAAAUCCUGAUUACCAUUAUGUUAUUUACGAUAAAAAAGUUAUGAUACCGUUAUUAAGUGAAAUUGCUUCCGUAAUUGAGAAGGAAUCACGUAUUGUAAUACAAGUCUUUGAUAAAAAGGCCAUACAAGUUUUACAGUUAUUUAUUCAACGGAUAUUUGUUCAAAAGUUAGAACCAAAAAUAAACCAUAUUCUGGUCAAUUCCUUAAAUUGGUCAAAUCUUUUAUAUAUAAGAAAUUUACAUUCCUUACACUCUUUGAUGGGUCAAUUUAUAAAGGACUUGUCUACUUUUUUCCAAGAUGGACUGAUUAGUAACGGCAAUGGUGAGAUUAUUUCAACUCUGGAACAAUGUUACUCUGAUCUUUUCUCCAAUUAUCUAUAUGAUAGAUCAAGAUAUUUCGAUUUGGAAAAGCAAAAUUUAGAAUCAAUACUAAUUGGAAAAGCUAAAAAAUUGAAUACUAGUUUUAGUAAAGAAAUAACACCUAGAGCAUUAAACAUAAAAUUAAAUAAGAUGAUAGAGAAUGGGGAAGAUAUGACUGACUUUAUGAAUAUUAAUGAAAUUGGUGUCUCUAAUGAUAUUAUCAAUGGUGUUGGCAGUCACAAUAAGAAUAUGAAUCUUGGACAUAAGUUUUUUAAUGAUGGAAUAUUUAAUAAUAAACUAUCUCAAUAUAAGAAUGUUAUUAAAAGGAGGCUGGAUUUUGAUAACUCUACAAUAAAGGAUACAGGUGAGGAUAAGGUACCGGAAUCAUUGUCCUUGUCUUCAAAAGAUCAAUUUGAAUUAUUUGAUCUAGAAAAUGUUGAUGCAAUGUUAAAAUGUGUUGUUGAGGCAGUUGCAAGGAUCAUGGAAUUAAUACCAAAUAAGGCAAGUGAAUAUACAUUAGAAUUGUUGGAGGUUAUGUUUAUUGGAAUUAUUGGAUCAUAUAUUGACUCAGGUUUAGAAAUUGCAUACUAUAAAUUGAUAAAUUCUGAUACUAAUUACGAUUCUCUAGAUUUAUUAAGUUUAGAUUACAUUUCCAAAUCGACAGAGAUGUUAAACUAUCUCUCAAUUUCAAUAAAAUCAGUAUUUUUACCAUUAUUGAAAAAUUCACCUAAAAAUAAACAGUUAAUAAUUGAAUUAACCAAUAUUAAUAUAAAAAAAAGCGAAAUAUCUAUUAAUAUAAUUAUGGCUAAAUUGGUUGAUAUGAUAACUGAGUGUUUUUCUACAUCUUUAGCAAAACAGACCAGAAAGGAUUUUAUUCCAAAGACUCAAGAUUUGAUUGAUCAUGAUACGGUACCGGCUAUUGAAAUCGUAAAUUUCUUAAAUAAAAUUCAUUCACAAGCCAACAAUUUUUUGAAACCAAAGAAUUUGAAUAAAUUUCUUAUAAAGAUUGGGGAAAUUCUAUAUAAUAUGUUAUUAGUACAUUAUAGUAAAUUUCCUGUUAAUUCUAUAGGUGGAAUUAUUGUUACCAAAGAUAUUAUUGGUUAUUUAAACAUAAUCGAAUUGUGGAAUAUUCAAUAUUUAGUAGAUAAAUUUUCAACAUUAAGAGAGUUGGCUAAUCUUUUCACUGUGAAAUCAGAUUUAUUAGAAUCUUUGACGAUGGAAGGUCAUUUAUUAGAUGUAGAUAGUAAAAUUAUCAAUGCAUAUAUUGCCAAUAGACAAGACUCCAUUUCGGAUAAUUUUAUUUCUACUGUCAAAAAUAACAUUAAACAGUACACAUAG